GGAAACACCACCACAAGCUGUGGAUGGAUUCUUAUCCACGUAAAUAUCCACUCCUUCACUCAACAUGCCUUCAAUAUCAUCGUCGCGACCGACGCGAAAAGGGAAAUGAUUUGCUACUCCACCAAAAUACAUACUGCCCGUAGCCAAUAUGUUGUUUCUAAAUCUUAUCUGGUAAUCAUCUCGACAAGUCCAACAACUUCCAUAAUGAGGCGUGAUAUCAACAAAGGCCUUGUGUAUAAUGGGAUCAUAAGUAAACAAGGCAGUGUUCUCGUGAAAGCAUGGGGCACGCCAGCUAUUGGUGUGUUCAUUACGAUGCGCAGUUGCAACCCAUUCAUAGCCAAGGCUGACAGAAGGUGUAAGUAAAAAAUUAAGUAGUUUUGAGGGAAAAAAAAGCCUAAUUCAAAAUUUAAAAUGAACUACUAAUACUUUUUCCAAUAUAAAUGAAUUAUGGAAAGAAGGCUGAUGGAUAGAUGAGGGUUUACGCCACAGGAAGCCAUAGUUUCCUUCGCUUCGCUUUGGCUUUACCGGCUGGCAGAACCCUAGAUUUCACCAGAUUCAUCGGAGCGCCGCAGCCGUCGUUCCCUCUCCACUACGCUAAAUACGAAGCUUUGCCAACACUAGGUUGUCUUAUCCGGAGACGCCAUUUUCCUCCCUCUGCUUCGACCUCUAUCCAACCUAUGGGCUCUCAGCCGCAGGAGGAGCCGGAGUGGACGGCCAGGAAGGUCCGGCAAACUUUCCUCGAUUUCUACCAAAGCAAGGAUCACACGAUUGUCAAGUCCAGCCCCGUUGUUCCUCACAAUGAUCCUACACUCCUAUUUGCUAAUGCUGGGAUGAAUCAGUUUAAGCCAAUCUUCUUAGGAACAGCGGAUCCAAACACCGAAUUGGGCAAACUCAAGCGUGCUUGUAACACACAAAAAUGUAUUAGAGCUGGUGGAAAGCACAAUGACCUUGAUGAUGUUGGCAAGGACACUUACCACCACACUUUCUUUGAGAUGCUUGGAAACUGGUCAUUUGGCGAUUAUUUUAAAGCACUGGCAAUUCCAUUGGCUUGGGAACUUCUCACAAUGGUUUAUAAGCUACCUGCUGUUAGAAUAUAUGCUACUUAUUUCGGGGGUGAUGAGAAAAGUGGCCUUCCAGCUGAUACCGAAGCAAGAGAUAUAUGGCUUAAGUUCCUUCCUCCUGAACGUGUUUUGCCAUUUGGUUGCAAAGACAACUUUUGGGAGAUGGGAGACACCGGACCUUGCGGACCCUGCACAGAAAUUCAUUUUGACAGAAUAGGGAAUCGUGAUGUGGCAUCAUUGGUUAAUAAUGAUGAUCCAACUGUUAUUGAGAUAUGGAACCUUGUGUUUAUUCAGUUCAACCGAGAAAGCGACGGCUCGCUGAAACUUCUUCCUGCUAAACAUGUUGACACUGGAAUGGGUUUUGAAAGACUAACUUCGAUACUCCAAAACAAGAUGAGCAAUUAUGAUACUGAUGUUUUUCUGCCGAUAUUUGAUGCUAUACAAAAGAUAACUGGUGCUCGACCAUACACAGGCAAAGUUGGCACUGAUGACGUUGACAGAAUUGACAUGGCUUAUAGGGUUGUUGCAGAUCACAUUAGAACUCUUUCCUUUGCUAUUGCUGAUGGUUCUUGUCCAGGCAAUGAGGGUCGUGAGUAUGUCUUACGUCGCAUUCUCCGUAGAGCGGUGCGCUAUGGUACUGAAGUCCUUAAAGCCCAGCCAGGUUUUUUCAGCGGGCUGGUAAAGGUGGUGACUGAAGUGAUGGGGGAUGUUUUUCCUGAGCUGAAACAACAUGAAGCUCACAUAAUGGAUAUAAUUGCUGACGAAGAAGCUAGCUUUGGAAGGACAUUGCUUCAUGGAAUUGAAAAAUUCAAGAAGGCGGCUCAAGAAGUUCAAGGAAAUCUCUUUAGUGGUCAGGAUGCAUUCGUGUUGUGGGACACAUUUGGCUUCCCGUUAGAUCUAACUCAGUUGAUGGCAGAAGAAAAAGGCUUGGUGGUUGACAUUGAGGGCUUCAAUGUUUCUAUGAAUGCGGCCCGAGAGCGAUCUAGAAAUGCACAGAAUAAGAGCAAUGGUGGUGCUAUUGUCUUGGACGCCGAUGCUACUUCAUCAUUGCACAAGAAAGGGAUCUUACCAACAAAUGAUGUUUUUAAGUUCACUUGGUUUCAGGAUCAUGAGAGUGAGAUUAAAGCUAUUUACACAGGAAGUGAAUUUUUGGAAAGUUUUGGUACUAGAGAUGAUGUUGCAAUAAUUCUUGAAAGUUCAAGCUUUUAUGCUGAGCAAGGUGGUCAGAUUUAUGAUACAGGAUCACUUGAAAAUCCUGCUGGUUCAUUUCGAGUUCACAAUGUUCAAAUCUAUGGUGGGUUUAUUCUGCAUAUAGGCUCAUGUGAUGGAGAGAAUCCGAAAUUCUGUGUUGGUGAUAAAGUAGUUUGUAAGGUUGAUUAUGAAAGACGUAGACUCAUUGCGCCAAACCAUACAUGCACGCACAUGUUAAAUUUUGCUUUGAGGGAAGUUCUUGGACAUCAUGUUGACCAGAAGGGUUCCAUUGUUCUUCCUGAAAAAUUAAGAUAUGAUUUUUCUCAUGGGAAGCCCGUGAAACCUGAAGAGCUGCAGAAAAUUGAAUCCAUUGUCAACGAGCAAAUUGAGGCUGAAAUGGAUGUGUUUUCUCAGGAGACAACGUUAACUGAUGCAAAGCGUAUAAAAGGUCUCCGGGCUGUCUUUGGGGAAGUGUAUCCAGACCCUGUACGGAUUGUUGCUAUUGGUCGGAGUGUGGGAGAUCUACUUGCUGAUCCAGAAAAUGAAACUUGGCUGUCAAUAUCUGCUGAGCUUUGUGGUGGGACGCACAUUGCAAAUACACGUGAUGCCAAAGCAUUUGCUCUUUUUUCUGAAGAGGGAGUUGCAAAAGGAAUUCGUAGAAUUACUGCUGUCACAACAUAUCGUGCUUUUGAGGCCAUAGAGCUGGCAUCCUCCCUUUCUAAGAAAAUAGAGGAAGCAUCUACUACUGAAGAUGGCUUACUUGAAGAGAAAGUCACUGCAUUAAAUGCUUCAAUGGAGAGAGCACAAAUUCCAGCUAUCAAGAAAGAUGAGCUAAGGCGCAAACUUUCAAAGCUUCAGACCCGAGUUAUACAAGCGAAGAAGAGGAUCGCUGCAGAGAAUUUGCGCCAGGCAGUUACAGCUGCUUCAGAAAAGGCAGAAGCAGCUGUUUCAGGUGGAAAUGCGUACUGUAUCUUGCGUCUUGGUGUGGGUCUGGAUACUGCUGCAGUUCGUGAUGCUGUUGUUGAAGUCAUGGAGCAGAAGGGGAUUGCUGUUCUGAUUUUCAGCACAGAUGAAGCAGCAAACAAGGUUUUAGUAUGUGCUGGGGUACCUGAGAAAAGUGACAAGUGCAAGCAAUUGAGUGUCAAAGAGUGGCUGAGCGUUGCACUGAAGCCCUUGGGCGGUAAAGGUGGAGGAGGAAAAGGUGGCCUUGCUCAAGGACAGGCAUCUGACUUGACGCAUGUAGACGAGGCAAUGGAUGUGGCUGCAUCAUUCGCAUCUAUGAAGUUGAGUUGAAUAGACUGGUGUUAGAUUGUUCGUUCUCUUCAUAAAAUGAAGAGAACAAUAUUUUAUGAAUUCCACUAUUACUUCCUAAAGCUUUACACAAUAUCUACAGAAACUUUCUUUAGUGUUAGUGUUUUAUUUAUCCGUGCAUAUUGUGGAGUAUGCAUGAAUAUUGAAACACAUUAUAAGGUUUUUUUUAUAUUAGUAGUUAGUCAAAUGUGGUCAUAUUGUUAGGGGGAUCAAAUGAGGUAUUUACUCAAAUGUGGUACGAGGUUCAAAUGAGAAUGGUGCAGUGAAAGAAAUGAGUGCAUACCAU